AUGAUCAUGAUGAUCUAUGAGAAGGCGCUGUCGAGAAAGAACAUUUUUGGCGUGGAACUGGAGGCCAAACACACUAAGCCCGAACCCCCGGAAGAAUCAGUUUCCAAUGGUUCUCUUGCAAAUGGAGCCACUUCGUCAAAACCUUGGUAUAACCGUAUCUUUAGCAUCUUCUCCAGGAGACAUGGGCGCCAUCACCAACCCGUAAAGGAAGCUGCUUCAAUGGGCAAAAUAUUCAACUUGCUACGUGGUGAUGCUUAUGAAGUUUCCCAGAGAUUCUGGGAAGUUGACUCGUUGGUUGAUAAGCCGGUCGGGAUAAUUGUUGCUACUGUCCUUGUUUGGAAGUUAUUUGGGCCAUCAUGCCUCCUGGCUAUUCUUACCGUCCUGGUUGCCCAGGGUGCAAAUGUUAUCAUUACUCGCAUCCUCCUUCGAUGGGAACGGGUUCGGCGAGCUGCAACGGAUGCAAGACUGCAAAUCACAUCUCAGUUUGUGGAGGCCCUCCGUCAUCUACGUUGGUACGGAUGGGAAAAUCACUGGCUUAAGCAGGUUAUGGAAGCCAGACACCGCGAGUUAAUGCUACGCAUUGUAACGAACUUGUGUGUCAUUUCGAUUAGCUUCGUCAAUACGCUCGCGAGUGCCGCAUUUCCUGCGGUGGCACUUUACUCGUAUACUCUUCUUUCUGGACACCAACUGCGCAUAGAUAUUAUUUUCCCUGCGAUCCAGCUUUUCACUAUGUGGGAAACUCGUCUAGUCGAAUUGCCCAGCCUCAUUACCUCUCUGAUCAACGCAUCGAUUGCCUUGGGAAGAAUUGAGGAAUUCAUGUCUGAACCGGACAAGGAAACUCGCACUGUUGAAUCGCCUGGGGAUGCCUCCUUCUUCCAGCUGGAGUCAUGCUCGUUUGCUUGGCCUGGAAGAGUAUCACCGGUGCUUUCCAAUGUCAAUUUGACAUUUCCGACUGGCCUGACCGUCAUUUAUGGUAAGGUUGGUGCGGGAAAAACGGCCCUAUUACAAGCGAUCCUUGGGGAGCUCGAUCUUCUGGGCGGCGUCUCCCACGUCCCUGACGAAAUGGUAGGAUAUUGUGCGCAGACUCCGUGGCUUCAGAGUAUGAGCAUCCGCGAAAAUAUCCUGUUUUCUUCCCCUUACGAUGAACGAAGGUACAAGCGGGUUUUGGACGCUUGUGCGCUUCUCCCUGACCUUGCCAAUUUCAAGCACGGCGACCUUUCAUUUAUGGGCGAAAACGGAAUCGGACUCUCCGGUGGUCAGAGGGCGCGUGUAGCUUUGGCUCGAGCGAUGUAUAGUAGGGCGAGAAUAUUAUUGUUAGACGACCCUAUUUCAGCUCUGGAUCACAACACAGCCGAAACGGUGGUCCGCAAGUGCUUUACAGGCCCUUUAGCCGAGGACCGAGUCAUUGUCCUGGUUACACACCGGGUGACGCUCGUCAGUCCUAUUGCCACCCAGAUGGUCCAAAUCCAUGAUGGCACCGCAACGCCGAGUGCAACCAUUGAUAUGACCGACCCAGCACUGCAAUAUAUAGACGACGAACAGGAACAUCAUACUACGCUUGAGGACGAGGCUGCUGCUGUACCGGACAAAUUCAUUGAAGAAGAGCAUCGAGCUGAGUGGGGAGUCAAGACCAGGAUUUAUUGGAGUUAUAUUCAGGCCGGAAAACUGAAGUGGUGGGCUAUUCUUGUGGCAGUCCUCGUGCUUUAUCGCGCGGCCUCAGUCGCACGAUCCUGGUUCGUUAAAGAAUGGGGUGAAGCAUACGGUGAUCAGAAUCUGUUUGUCUUCGAUUUUCGCAACUUUCAAUGGGAGAUGUCCGGUCUGGAUUGGACCACAUUGCCAUCCGACGUCAUCGGCCUUCUUCCUUCUCCAAUCCACAAUGUUCGACCUUGGCUCUGGGCGUUCUUCGGCAUCGCUGCUUUCCAGGCUGUAGCCCUCCUGGCUGCUCAGCUCUUCAUGUUGAUAAUAGUAUACUGUGCAGGGAAGUCGAUGUUCGAACAGGUUAUGGUCAGAGUCAGUCGUGCGACAUUCCGAUUUUUCGAUGUCACACCUGUUGGCCGUCUGAUGAAUCGUCUGACGUCGGACAUUGGUGUAGUCGAUGGCAAUAUCAGUGAGCAGUUCCAAGCUAUUGCAUUCCAUGCAAUCACAUGGAUUUCUUCCGUUUUCGUCAUUGCAUCUGUGACUCCGAGCUUCCUUGUCUUUUCACUAGUGCUCACUGUGGCGUACGUUCUCGUAUUCCAACAAUUCCUCCCCACGUCCCAGAGUCUACGGCGUCUUGAGAUGGUGUCGCUUAGCCCCUUAAUAUCAAACUUUGGAGAGUUAUUGCAUGGCUUGACAACCGUGCGCGCCUUCCAUGCCGAGGUACGCUUUCAAAACAGGGUCAUUGCGGUUGUAGACAAAUUCCAAGGCAUGGAUCACUUCUAUUGGUCUCUCCAGAGCUGGCUAAUGUACCGCUUCGAAGGAUUGUCAGCCAUAUCAACUUUUUCCCUGACUGUUCUUGCCUUGUAUAUAAAAAUCUCCCCUGGCUUGAUUGCAUUCGUGCUCAUUGCAGCAAAUCAUUUUGUCUUUGCUACUCAUGCACUGUGCAAGCAGUAUGGCCAGUUGCAAAUGGACUUUGUCUCUGUUGAGCGAGUGGAUGAACUUCGUCAUAUUGAACCGGAACCCCCAGGAACGAUUGAUCCCCCGGCAUCCUGGCCUAGGUUUGGCAAGGACAUUACCUUCGAGAAUGUUACCAUUCGCUACGCUCCUCAUCUGGAUCCCUCGUUAACCAAUGCUUCUCUUCGAAUCCCGGGGGGUUCCACAACGGCGGUUAUUGGCCGGACGGGAAGUGGAAAAUCCACGUUAGCCGUAUCACUGCUUGGUGUUGUUCGACCAACUUCAGGGCAGAUUGUGGUGGAUAAUAUCGAUAUCGCGCAAGUCAAUACGCACGCACUCCGGACGCGCGUUACGUUUGUUGCCCAAGACCCUAUCCUCUUCGCGGGCAGUAUUCGGCUCAACCUGGAUCCUACUGGAGAGUAUUCAGAUCAUCAGUGCUCUGAGGUACUGAACCGCGUCUGCAGUAGACACCACUGGACCCUGCAGACACAUAUCGAAGCUGGUGGACGGAACCUGAGCCAAGGCCAGCGGCAGUUAAUCGGUCUUACGCGAGCCGUCCUCCGCGCAAGCCCGAUAGUUAUCCUUGACGAGGCGACUGCCUCUAUUGAUCAUGAGACAUCGCUUGAAAUACAGCAGAUCAUCCGGGAGGAAUUGAGGCAAUCUACUGUCAUUACCAUUGCCCAUCGACUGGAGGCAAUCAAGGACGCGGACUAUUAUGUCGUUCUGGACCAUGGGAAAGUGUCGGAACAAGGGUUCGUUAAGGACAGGUCAGAAUGA